AUGCCCCUUUACCGCCGAGAAGGUCAGAGCGUCGUCAACGUUGAAUGGGUGGCAUUUUUACAGGCCGCCAAAUCCGUUAUUGCAGGAAUAGCGUCCACGUUAACGGAAAGCAGUACCGGAAAUACGUUCAGCAGGUUAGAUCAGUUGGAGAUCUUGAGUAAUCGAUUGGAGAGUAUUUGUUCCUCCUUCACGACGUUAUUGGACAACUUAAACGCUGAUGAAGGCACUUUAGGUUUGCUUACGGACGUUUUAGCCAGCCUAAUGUUAAUUCAGAGAGCGAUCUUUAGAGAGGUGGAAAGGAUUCAGUCGACUAAUGAAAAUACAUCUUAUAGGUGUUCAACCCAUCGAACAAAUAGACCUGGCCGACCAAAAUAUGACAUUACCAAAAACCAACUUGAAUUUUUGCGAAGCAAGCACUUUUCCUGGGUAAGCAUUGCCAAAUUGCUUCACGUGUCCACACGGACGUUAAGAAGGAGAAAAAUUGAACUUGGUAUUGAUGACAAUUUUUCUGCGAUUUCCGAAGAAGAGCUAACUCGUACAAUGGAAGACAUUAUUAAAAUUACCCCUAAUAUUGGUCAGAGUAGGAUGGUUGGUGCUCUCAGGGCAAGAGGGCUAAACAUACAGAGACACAGGGUCAGGGAGUGCCUCAGAAGAAUUGAUCCAGUCGGCACAGCUCUUAGAUGGAAUCCGAGAAUUUACAGACGUAAGUAUCAGGUUCCGCACCCAAACGCAUUGUGGCACAUGGAUGGGAACCACAAGCUGAUACGAUGGCGUUUAGUUAUUCACGCAUGCAUUGAUGGAUAUAGCCGACUUGUUAUAUACCUGCAAUGUGCUAAUAAUAACCGGGCGUCGACCGUCGUAGAUUUUUUUGAACAUGGAGUCACAGACUUUGGUUUACCGUUAAGGGUGCGGUCUGACCAUGGCUUAGAAAACGUGGACGUUGCACGCUUUAUGCUUAUUCAUAGGGGAUGUAACAGGGGUAGUAUGAUAACAGGUAAAUCUGUGCAUAACGUCAGAGUUGAACGCCUCCACAGAGAUGUCUACUGUGGCGUACUUUCUCACUAUGUCUGGCUAUUUACUACCAUGGAGGAAGACGGUUUUCUUGAUUGUCUGAAUGAAAACCAUCUUUUCGCAUUGCACUACGUAUUUAUUCCAAGAAUACAAAAGUCCCUUGAUGAGUGCAAGUGCCAAUGGAAUGGCCACCCAGUCAGUACAGCUGAGAACCUUAGUCCUGAACAACUUUUCAUCAGAGGGACAAUGUCCAAUUGUAACCAGAAUAUACUGGAAGGAGUGAAUGACAAUAACGAGUUUGAUGAGUUCGGUUCGGGCAUAGAUUUAGAUACAGAUGCAACUCGCCCAAUCAAUGAUGAUGACUAUGAUGUUUCUGUACCACAAAUUAAUGUCAAUGAAGAGCUAUCUAUCGUGCUACAGGAAAAUAUAACCCACCUAAGUGAUGAUGGACAUCAUGGUGUAAAUUUGUUUAGAGCAUGUGUGCAGCUAUUAAGCGAGAAUACAACAGGUUAA